GUUUGAGUUGGCACACCAUCCGAUGGAAAUGUUGUGCCCUCCUCCGGCAACGAUGAACAUCAAUCAUUGCCUAGCUAGUUCUCUCUGGAGAAGAAAGUAUACUGACGCUGUCUGUGCAGGACAAGACCGAUUGGAGUCUCAUUUCUUGACAGCAGAGAUAAUAGAUUGUCAGGUUGCUCUUUCCCGUCGACACUUGAGAAGGAACAAUGAUGGAUGAUCAGGCCGAGAAGAAGGCCGAGCUGUUGCCGUAUCCUUUCUUUCACUACAGAGACUUUUCCACAGAGACUGAUCCUGAUCCAUUGACGCCCUUGACCUUUGCAGGUCGCAUGCCCAACUUCCCUGCUAAAGUACAUGCCAUCCUUAGUCGAUCUGAUCUCACAGACAUCAUCUCUUGGCUCCCCCAUGGACGCAGUUUCCUUGUCCUGAAGCCUCGUGAAUUUGAAUCAAAGGUUCUACCGGUGUACUUUAAGCACUCCAAGAUUACAUCCUUCAUCAGGCAGGCCAACGGAUGGGGGUUUCGUCGUGUGAUGCAGGGACCGGAUAGGAACAGUUACUACCACCCAAGGUUUUUGAGAGGGUUGCCUCACCUUUGCAAACAAAUGAAAAGGCCUGCAAAGUCUCAGAAGGAGCUUUUGGAGACUGGAGACGAACCUGACUUCUACAAGAUCUCAGAGAUGUACCCUGUCCCUGAAAGAAUUGAUCAGGAGACCAUGCUUCUUCAGUCCACACUGCAAGACGGUCCUCAGGCUAGGAUGCCCAUCAUCUCAGGGUCAACGGCUGUUCAAAUUCCAAAUAUUCAGGACAAACCUGCUGCUAGAAGCGAAGAAAGCGGGAAGCAAGAGAUGCACUCGGCGCUGGGUGUGCUGGCAAGUGUGUCAACUGAAAACCUGGCUGAGGCUCUUCAUCGGGACAGUCUCGAAGCCGGCCUUCUCCACGAAAGUCCUGCACCGGCAAAUGCAGACGUUGCAUAUCCACCCAGUGGCACCUUGCCGACCGCUGUGUCCACCGGAAGCUUCCACCAAGUACUCGGCGUUGAACCCUCGUUGCAUUCUUCUGCCGGUUCUUCACCAGCCAGCUCCGUCGUGCAUGUGCAAUUGCAGCCUCUUGUGCCAACUGCACCUGUUCUAGCGUCCGAAAGACCGGCUCAAGAACAUUGGAACACUGCAGCAUCUCAUGCGAAUAUGCAUGCGUCCAACUCUUGGGGAGGCGGUCGAACUCUUGUAGCACUUGCACCCAACCCAAUCCCUGUGGGGGCUUACCCUCCAGUGGCAAUUGGUAGUCCCAGAACUUCUCCUAUCCUGGCCGGGCUCCCUGCUCCUCCUGCCAACAUUGGCAUGCCCCAGCAGGCCAACGCCGUUGCAGUGCCCCAGGUAACUGCAGCUCCGACUCCUCAAGCGAGUGCCAACGGAUUGCCCCCUGUCAAUGCCGUCACAGUUGUGCCUCAGGCUGCACCUCAAGCCAACGCUCCUGCAAUGCCCAAUACCAUGGUCAUGCCACAGAUGCCUUUUGUUCCACAAACAUCAUUCCCUGGCAUGGAUGCUUCCUCGGCUGCCCAGUUUGCGGCAGGAUUUGCCAUGGCUGCAGCCUUUGGUCAACAGCAAAUGCAGACUAUGAUGCAACAGGCUGGCAAGGGCGGAGGAAUGGCAAUUAUGGUACCAGUAGGCCAGCAGCCCAUUCAACAUCACGCAGCUCCAGCACCACUUCCAUGACCUCCCUUCCCUCCUGCCUCAUCACUACCGUACCGUUUGAGGUGACUGCACCUUAACCCAAGUUUUGCGCUACUACUUCAUUUGCUUUGCCGUCGGAUAUCUUUAGAAUUGCAAAUAGCAACUCUUCCGAAACAAAGAAAAUAGCACCACGACAGUUAACAUGUUAAUACCACCUGACUCAACUUUGUCUC